CUUUGGGGCUCGUCAACGAAGCCGGACGGAGGUAGCGGCUCUGUUUAUUGUUUCUGAAUGAAAAUCCAGGAAUGUGGCGAUAAUCCAGCGCUGCACAUGAAAACAAACAUUCCAGCUGAGUAUAUUUAAUCUCGCUGCUUUUUUUAGGAUGUUGCGGAAAAAAUAAUACUUGUUUUUUUAGGGUAAACUCUCAGUAGCCGGUAAAAAAGAAGUGCUCUGAGUUAGUAGCAGUUGUAGUAGCUGGUAGUAGUAGUAGACGGGCAUCCAGGCCUUGUGCGGUAAAGCGCCUGUCGAUUUUAACAAUAGCCGAAACAUCACUCUCCUCUCCGGGCAAACCGCCUCAAUGUAACCCCCUCCUCGGAUAUACCAGACACGGUUAAUGCUGCGGAUCUUGCGGACCCUGCUGGAUGUUUCACGCGGGAAGCGGCGUUUUUAAGGAGGUAUCUGGCUGAAUUUAUGGAAUUUUUUUAUGAGGACUGAUCAUUUUUUUAACAUCACACCACCAGCAUUGGAAGAAGACACAAUAGGAAAAUGUCCAACGGUGCUGCAGGAAGCGGGGGUCUGACCUGGGUGACCCUCUUUGAUAAGAACAAUGCUGCCAAGAAAGAGGAGGCGAAUGGCAAGAGCGAAGGCGGGAAGAGCGAGCCGCCCAAGAAGGAGAGCUCCAAGAAGAUGUCUGUGGAGCGAGUUUACCAGAAGAAAACCCAGUUGGAGCACAUCUUACUCCGUCCAGAUACCUACAUCGGCUCUGUGGAGCCUGUCACUCAGCAAAUGUGGGUUUUCGAUGAAGAGAUUGGAAUGAACUUGCGGGAGAUCACUUAUGUUCCUGGACUGUAUAAGAUCUUUGAUGAAAUUCUCGUUAAUGCAGCUGAUAACAAGCAAAGGGACAAGAACAUGUCCUCCAUCAAAAUCACCAUAGAUCCAGAGUCGAACACCGUGUCUAUAUGGAACAACGGCAAAGGAAUCCCUGUGGUGGAGCACAAAGAUGAGAAGAUGUACGUCCCUGCGCUGAUCUUCGGACACCUGCUCACAUCAAGCAACUACGAUGACGACGAGAAAAAAGUCACAGGUGGAAGGAAUGGCUACGGUGCUAAACUCUGUAAUAUAUUCAGUACCAAGUUCACAGUGGAGACGGCCUGCAAAGAGUACAAACACAGCUUUAAACAGACAUGGCAGAACAACAUGACGAAAACCAGCGACCCCAAGAUCAAAUACUUCGACGGGGACGACUUCACCUGCGUUACAUUCCAGCCUGACCUCUCCAAAUUCAAGAUGGAGAAACUGGACAAAGACAUUGUGGCUCUUUUGACACGCAGAGCCUACGAUGUAGCCGGCUCCUGUAAGGGGGUUAAAGUCUUUCUCAACGGCAAGAAGCUACCUGUGAAUGGCUUCCGCAGCUACGUGGAUCUGUAUGUGAAGGAUAAGCUGGAUGAGACAGGCGUGGCUCUGAAAGUGGUGAAUGAGUCGGUGAACGAGCGCUGGGAGGUGUGUCUCACCAUGAGUGAGAAGGGCUUCCAGCAGAUCAGCUUUGUGAACAGCAUCGCCACUACCAAGGGUGGCAGACACAUUGAUUAUGUUGUGGACCAAAUCGUGUCAAAACUCAUCGAGGUGGUGAAGAAGAAGAAUAAAGCCGGAGUCACAGUGAAACCGUUUCAGGUCAAGAACCACAUCUGGGUGUUUGUGAAUGCUCUGAUCGAGAACCCGACCUUCGACUCUCAGACCAAGGAGAACAUGACACUUCAGACCAAAAGCUUUGGCUCCAAAUGCGCUCUCUCUGAAAAAUUCAUCAGAGCGGCCACAAACUGCGGGAUUGUGGAGAGCAUCCUAAACUGGGUGAAGUUCAAGGCUCAGACACAGCUGAAUAAAAAGUGCUCUUCGGUAAAGCACAGCAAGAUCAAAGGCAUCCCAAAACUGGACGACGCUAAUGAUGCGGGUGGGAAACACUCGUCGGAAUGCACGCUGAUUCUGACUGAAGGAGACUCAGCCAAGUCCCUGGCUGUUUCGGGGCUGGGUGUGAUUGGACGAGAUCGCUAUGGAGUCUUCCCCUUGAGAGGGAAAAUCCUCAACGUGCGAGAAGCCACACACAAACAGAUCAUGGAGAAUGCAGAAAUUAACAACAUUAUUAAGAUUGUGGGCUUGCAGUAUAAGAAGAGCUACGAUGAUCCAGAGUCACUGAAAUCUCUACGCUACGGCAAAAUCAUGAUCAUGACUGAUCAGGAUCAAGAUGGUUCCCAUAUUAAAGGCCUGCUCAUCAACUUCUUCCACCAUAACUGGCCUUCCCUGCUGAAACACACGUUUCUGGAGGAGUUCAUCACCCCUAUCGUCAAAGCCAGCAAGAACAAACAGGAAAUUCCCUUCUACAGCAUUCCAGAAUUUGAUGAAUGGAAGAAACAAACAGAGAACUACAAAACCUGGCACAUAAAGUACUACAAAGGUUUGGGUACCAGCACAAGCAAAGAAGCAAAGGAGUACUUCGCUGACAUGGAGCGGCAUCGGAUUAUGUUUAAGUACGGAGGCACAGAGGACGACGCUGCCAUUACUUUGGCCUUCAGCAAGAAAAAGACAGACGACAGAAAAGAGUGGCUGACUAAUUUCAUGGAAGACAGACGCCAGAGAAGGAUGCAUGGUCUGCCUGAGCAAUACCUCUACGGCACCGCAACACGACACUUAUCGUACAACGACUUCAUCAACAAAGAGCUGAUUCUCUUCUCCAACUCCGAUAAUGAGAGAUCCAUUCCGUCCCUCGUUGAUGGUCUGAAGCCGGGUCAAAGGAAGGUGCUGUUUACCUGUAUGAAGAGGAAUGAUAAGAGGGAGGUGAAGGUGGCUCAGCUGGCUGGUUCAGUAGCAGAGAUGUCGGCGUACCAUCACGGCGAGCAAGCUCUGAUGAUGACCAUUGUAAACUUGGCUCAAAACUUUGUGGGCAGCAACAACGUGAACAUCCUGCAGCCCCUCGGUCAGUUCGGAACUCGCAUCAAUGGAGGCAAAGAUGCAGCUAGCCCCCGUUACAUUUUCACCAUGCUUAGUCCACUCGCCAAGCUGCUGUUUCCCGCUGUGGACUCCAACCUGCUGAAGUUUCUUUAUGAUGACAACCAGAAGGUGGAGCCAGAGUGGUACAUACCCAUAAUCCCCAUGGUGCUGGUCAAUGGGGCUGAGGGUAUCGGUACAGGCUGGGCCUGCAAGAUCCCCAACUACGACCCACGUGAAAUUGUCAACAACAUCAAUCGCAUGCUUGAUCACCAGGACCCUCUGCCCAUGCUGCCCAGCUAUAAGAAUUUCAAAGGAGUGAUCCAUGAACUGGGGCAGAACCAGUAUGUGGUCAGUGGUGAGAUCUCUGUACUGGAUAAAAACACCAUUGAGAUCACAGAGCUUCCGAUUCGCACAUGGACGCAGGCGUAUAAGGAGUCGGUGUUGGAGCCCAUGCUGCAGGGCACAGAGAAAACCCCAGCAUUAAUAAAUGACUAUAAGGAGUACCACACAGAUACGACAGUGAAGUUUGUGGUCCGAAUGACUGAGGAGAAGCUGGCUCAGGCUGAAGCGGCAGGUCUUCACAAAGUCUUCAAGCUGCAGUCCUCCCUCACCUGCAACUCAAUGGUGCUGUUUGAUCACAUGGGCUGUAUGAAGCGGUACGAGUCUGUGCAGGAUAUUCUGAAGGAGUUCUUUGAGCUGCGUUUGCACUAUUACAAGCUGAGGAAGGACUGGCUGGUCGGCAGCCUGGGCGCCGAGUCAGCAAAACUCUCCAACCAAGCACGAUUUGUACUUGAGAAGAUUGAAGGAAAAAUUUCAAUUGAAAACAAGAGUAAGAGGGAACUGAUCCGGAUGCUGGUGCAGAGGGGCUAUGAAUCUGACCCAGUGGCAGCUUGGAACAGAGCUCAGGAGAAGGCGUUGGAAGAAGAAGAUCGGGAUGGAAAUGAGAGUGAUAGCUCAAUAGACUCCGGCUCCUCAUCAGGACCCAACUUUAACUACAUCCUCAACAUGCCUCUGUGGUGCCUCACUAAAGAGAAAGUGGAUGAGCUUCUCAAACAGAGAGAUCUGAAGAAAGCUGAACUGAAUGAACUGCAGAGGAAGUGUUCAGAAGAUCUGUGGAGGGAAGACCUGGCCGUCUUUGUUGAGGAACUGGACCGGGUGGAGGAGCAGGAGCGAGAGAGUGCCAGCCAGGGGAAGGGUGUGAAGCUGGUUAAAGGAAAGGUUGGCAAGCCGAAGGUGAAGAAGAUCCAGCUGGAGGAGACGUUACCGUCUCCCUUCGGCCGCAGAGUGGAGCCCCAGAUCACGCUGGCCAUGAAGGCUGACGCUACUAAAAAGAUGACUAAGAAGAAGAAGGGUGAAGGGGACAUGAGCGUGAAGAUGGAGUUUGAUAAUGAUGAUAGUGUGAUGGACUCUAAUGGUGCUACAGGAGACAAUUCCCUCAUCUCUCCGUCUGGCCUUCCGACCCCUGGAGCCAAACCCAAAACCCCACGUGUCAAGAAGGAGAAAAAGGAACCUGGUGCUCCCAGACAGAGGAAGACUCCAGGAACACCAAAGGGCUCAGCCAAGAAGGUCAAAAAGAGGAACCCCUGGUCAGACGACGAAGAGGAAAAAUCGUUUGACAGUGACCUGGACGACGUCAGUGAGCAGCCAGUCAUUCCCAGAGACACAUCGUCGAGAAGAGCUUCAGCGGUGAAGGCCAAGUACACCUUUGAUUUCUCAGAAGAGGAAGAUGAUGACGACGGUGAGGAAGAACAAGAGAACGACGCACCAGCCUCUCCAGUUCACUCUUAUAAAGACAGCUUUCAGACCUCGCAGAACAACAACGAUGAAGAGGACGAUGAUGAUGACAUAUUCCCUCCUAAACUAAAGAUUUCUCCUCCAGAACCCAAGAAAAAGAAAGAGCCUGAACCUGUAUUCUCCUCGCCCAAACCAACUUACUCUGUGAAGAGCAGUGACAGCGACGUGAAGUCAGACAGUGAGGAAGAUGAUAGAGGUCCGGUAUUCUCGUCCUUCUCCAGCAGCACACCGCACGAGAAACCUUCUCCAACUAAGAAAGCCAAGAAGCCAUCAGACACAACACCCAAACCCCGGAAAACUCCAGCCAAGCCAACCCCAACCAAGAAGCUCGACACCUCGGUAUGGGACUCGGACUCGGACACGGGGGCGAAAAAGACCCCAGCAUCGGGUAAAGGCGCGGGAAAAGGCAGGGGGAGGAAGAGGAAGCCGUCCGGCUCUGAGGAAGAUGAGUACAGCCCCAUGAAGAAGACUGGAAAAACUCCCAGCAGCAGCAGCAGCAGACAGAAGCAGAAGAAGCCGGUGUCGGACGAGGACGAGGACGAGGUGGACAGCAGCAGAUUCAGCCGUUUGGACACGUCCAGAGAUCGCUCGGGACGCGCAAAGAAAGAAGUGAAAUACUUCGCAGAAUCCGACGAUGACGACGACGAUGAAGACAUGUUUGACUAGUCAGCCUACCAAGACACACACUCACACACUCAAACACACACACACAUGUACACACUCACAACUCGCUUGUGGUAUAACUUUUGUCCUUCGUCCUGCAGACUUUUGUACAUUUAUUCCCUCCCUGUUUUAUUUUUCUUUAUUUGUGAAGUUAAAAUGCUUUCUACUGUGUAGUUGUUUUACACUUUUUAUUAUUAAUAUUAUUAUUAUUAUUAUUGUUAUACAUAUACAGUUUGUUUUCUUUUCAUUGAAAUGUAAUUGUCCUACGCAGCUUUUAGAAGUUUAGACUCUGCGGUGCUUCUGCACAUUUUAAUUGUUAAAGUAAGAGACAAAUGUACCUUUUGAGAUGAACUUGGAAAUAAACAUGAAAUAUAAAUGA